GGUUAUGUAAGCUCUUCGUUUUUUGGUUUAAGGCCUUGACUUGACAAAAGCCCUCACCGGAAAAAAGAAGUAGAAGACGACGACGAUGGCGGGAUUUGAGAGCUAUGUGGUUGUUCACAACAUAGCAAAGCGUCACAACGUCGGAACUUUAGCUCGUAGCGCCACUGCCUUUGGUGUGACGGAGCUAAUCCUCGUCGGUCGCCGUGAUUUCAACGCCUUCGGUAGUCAUGGUUCAGCUUCUCACAUCCGUUUCCGCCAUUUUCACUCUCUCAUCGAAGCUCGCAACUAUCUCAAGGAGGAGAAAGAUUGCGAUAUAUGCGGCGUUGAGAUUGCAGAUGGAGCUUCUGCGGUUAAUGAACAUCCUUUCAAAAGAAACACUGCGUUUCUUCUCGGUAAUGAGGGAUCAGGAUUAUCUGCGAAGGAAUACGAAAUAUGCGACUUCUUUGUAUAUAUUCCUCAGUAUGGCUGUGGCACUGCCUCUUUGAAUGUUACUGUUGCAGCUUCUAUUGUUUUGCAUCACUUUGGAGUUUGGGCUGGAUUUUCUGAACGUGUUCGGGAUGGAAGCAAAUUUAUAGUGGCUGAUAGACCCGUAAGACAAGGAAGACGAAAUUUCUGCGCCGGCACAGAAGAAUCCGUCAUUGAAGAGCGGAAGUUGAGGAAAGAAAGUGCAGAAAAUGGGUUUUUCGAUGACAAUGGAAAUGAAAAUGGAAGUUCAUCAUCCGACCUUUUGGACGGUUUGUUCCUUAACGAAUAAUUAUCUUUUAUAAAAGAACAAAGUCUUGAUUUGGGUUCCAAUCCUGGGAAACACAUCCUUCAAUAUAUAUUAUCAAGCAAGUUAGCUUACUCACGCUUGUUCAUUCCCUAGUUACCGAAUCUUUGUUUCGCAAGUUGAGAAAGCUUAUGAAUUAGGCUAAGUUGAUUUUGAUUAUUUGAUCUGCCUUUGGUAUGAUACUAUGAUUAUGAACAUGUUUGAAAAUGAUUCAGUUGAUAGAAUCUCAUUACGCUGUCUUACAUUGUCUUCCUCAUGUAUUCUG